CACUUGUUGAUUUUUGAUGGUCGAUUCCUCUCCACUUUUUCUAGCACUUCAAAGUUAUUAGAUUCUUGAUCUGUGAUUUGACCGAAAAAAUCAAUUCCAAUUUGAUUUGAUAUGUUCAUUCACUUUUUGUGGUUGUUUGAGAACAUUGAGGUAUUUGAAAAAUUUUUCGAUUUCAUUCGAUUUUGAAUCGGUUACAAUUGCAAAUUAGCAAUUAUAACGUAUGAUCGAAUUCAUCGUUUAAUGAUCCAAAUACAUUUAUGGUCACAUUAACAUUGAGUCAAAGUGAAGUUUUUUUUUGAUGAUUUUCGGAUCUCUUUUCUCUGUAAAUAUACAAAUUUUUAAAACGAGAAAAUUUUUCUAUAAAGAAAAAUAGCCUUGUCGGGGAUCUAAUUAUUAAUAUUUUUGUAACACCCGCUUAUAAUUAUUCAGCAAUAUUGAAAUUUGUCUCUAUCGUCAUUCAAUCCGAUCACAUUUGAUUGCAUCAAUAAAUGCUUGAUGUUUUAAUUUUUUUCUCGUUUGUACAUUUUUGAUUUGCUGGUCAAAGUGUUUUUUUAUAGAGUAAGUUUAAGAUGCAACCUUCGGGCAACCAUUGGCAUCGGUUUGUUUUGUUUAUCAUUACAUUGUCAAUAUUAAUCAAUCAUAUUCAUUGUUAUCCAUUUCUACGUUCGAAAAGGGCAUUUUCUUACAUUGCAAAUGAUACUGCUUGUACCGUUGAUCAUGUAAUGUAUAAAGAUGGCGAUCCAAUACCAACCGAUGAUCCAUGUGAAACAUGCCGAUGUCGUCCGCCCGGUUUCAUCUGUGUUCUUCAACAUUGUGAAAUCAAAACUGGAUGUCGUGCCAUACGUCAUGUUGGUGAAUGUUGUCCAUCAUAUCAAUGUGGAUGUGAACAUAAUGGUCAAUACUAUAAAGAUGGCGAACGAAUACACAAUGCUGAAAGCCCCUGCUAUUCAUGCUACUGUCAAGGAAGUUCAAUCACCUGUUCAUUAGCCGAUUGUCAAUUUCGAUUUGAUUGUGAACCGGAAUAUGUACUAGGAGAAUGUUGUCCGCGCUAUGACCAUUGUCCAUUAGAAUAUGGUAUCGUACCCAGUGGUUUAAUAACCGAACGAAUGCCUGAAUUCAUUCACAGAACAAACAUUUCUAAUGUUCAAAUUUCAUCACCACAACCACCUGUUGAUUCGAGUACCAUUGAAGGGUCAUUAAUUCUGCCAAAUCAUGUACCUGCUAUUGUCGCCGAUAAUGCUGAACCCGCUAUAGUCGAACCACAUUCUGAAGUUGGCACUAAUAUUACUGUUUCACCCUCAUCACAAAAAACCACUAUUAAAUCAAUAAUUUCUGAUUCGGAUCCCAACAAUUUUCGAAAAUUGGACAGCGAAAUCGACACAACUACAUUUGUCCCGAAAAAUGAAAUUAAUUCGAUAGAAACAUCAACAUCGAUUAGCAUCAACGAUGAUAAGAUUGUGGAUUCCACUGUCAAAAUCGAAGACAUUGAAAUCACAACAGAAUCAAAUAGCCAUUCAUUAGGACGAUCUUUUGAUGAUCAGGAACUUAUGAUCAAUGUUACAUCAAAUGUGGAUGAAACUCCCAACGACAAAGAAAUGGUUGAAGACAUCAUGCCUACAACGAUAAGAGCAGAUAUAAAUUUAUCAAAAUCAGAAGAAAUUAUGAUCACCACAACAUCUACAAUAGCUGACAGUUUGGAGAGUAAUAAUUCAACAAUUACAUCAACUACUGAAAGUAGCAAUCCAAUAAUAAUGGGUCGAUCCGAAGAUGAUGAGGUGGUAACCGUUUCACCAACAACAAAUUCGGAAUUUGUCUUGAACGAAACGGACAAAGUCAAUAACUUCAUGACUACUGAUUUGGAUUCAGUAAUCAGCAUCACCACUGUAAAACCAUAAAAUUAUAGAUAAUUUGUCAAAAUUAUUUUUAAUCAAUUGAAUUUUUUGAAAAUCUUGAAUAAAUUAUUCGUUUAAGUCCAUA